AUGCCUAAUUUCACGGAUGUGACUGAAUUUAUUCUUCUAGGACUGACCAGUCGUCAGGAACUCCAAGUUCUCUUUUUCACGGUGUUCCUGGUAGUUUACGCAAUCACUCUGUUAGGGAACAUUGGUAUGAUCAUAUUGAUUUCCGUCAGUCCCCAGCUUCAGAGUCCCAUGUACUUUUUCUUAAGUCAUCUGUCUUUUGUAGACGUCUGGUUCUCUUCCAACGUCACGCCAAAGAUGCUGGAAAACUUGUUAUCCAAGACCAAAACCAUUUCCUAUGCAGGAUGUCUAGUGCAAUGUUACUUUUUUAUCGCCCUAGUCCAUGUGGAGGUCUACAUCUUGGCCGUGAUGGCCUUUGAUCGCUAUAUGGCCAUCUGCAACCCUUUGCUUUACGGUAGCAAGAUGUCCAGGACGGUGUGUGUUCGACUCAUCUCUGUCCCCUAUAUCUAUGGAUUUUCUGUUAGUCUAAUAUGUACAUUGUGGACCUAUGGCUUGUACUUCUGUGGGAACUUUGAAAUCAAUCAUUUCUACUGCGCAGACCCUCCUCUCAUCAAGAUCGCCUGUGGAGGGGUUCACAUCAAGGAAUACACGAUGAUUGUCAUUGCUGGAAUUAACUUCACCUAUUCCCUCUCGGUGGUCCUCAUCUCCUAUGCCCUCAUCGUGGUGGCUGUGCUACGCAUGCAAUUUCACAGAUUUUGA